GGGCGAGGCGGACCGCCGCUCAUCCACCGGUGUCAUGGCUUCCUAACCGGAGGGGGAAGUGAUUGAGAGGAAAACAAGGGUUUUUUUUUAAUUAUUGCCGAAUGCCCUACUGAUUACUUCCCCCCUUCUAGAAUCUGAGAUCUGGACAGAGAGGGGCUCGGCCUACAAAUCCGCCGCUACCGGCCGCCCCUGGGAUCCACCUUAUAUUUUUUUAUCCGUGAAUUUCCAUUCGGUAACCGUGGAAGAUGGCCGACCCGGCGGAGUGCACCAUCAAAGUGAUGUGCCGUUUCAGGCCCCUGAACAGCUCCGAGGUGACCAGAGGCGACAGAUACAUUCCCAAGUUUCAAGGGGAGGACACCGUAGUGAUCGCGUCUAAACCGUACAUGUUUGACAGAGUCUUUCAAUCAAAUACUUCGCAAGAACAAGUCUACAACGCUUGUGCCCAAAAGAUUGUUAAAGAUGUUCUUGAGGGAUACAAUGGGACRAUUUUUGCUUAUGGGCAAACGUCAUCUGGCAAAACACACACCAUGGAGGGGAAUCUCCAUGACACAGAUUCAAUGGGCAUCAUCCCCAGGAUAGUGCAAGAUAUAUUCAACUACAUCUACGCCAUGGAUGAAAACCUGGAGUUUCAUAUCAAAGUUUCAUAUUUUGAAAUCUACUUGGACAAAAUCCGAGAUCUGUUGGACGUGUCAAAGACCAAUUUAUCAGUGCAUGAAGACAAAAACAGAGUACCCUAUGUUAAGGGCUGCACUGAAAGGUUUGUCUGCAGCCCAGAGGAAGUCAUGGAUACUAUCGAUGAAGGCAAAUCCAACAGACACGUAGCCGUCACAAACAUGAACGAGCACAGCUCCAGGAGUCACAGCAUCUUCCUGAUAAACGUCAAACAGGAGAACACUCAGACGGAGCAGAAGCUCAGCGGGAAGCUCUACCUGGUGGAUCUUGCCGGUAGUGAAAAGGUCAGUAAAACUGGUGCUGAAGGAGCYGUGCUGGAUGAAGCCAAGAACAUCAACAAGUCUCUGUCAUCUCUGGGAAAUGUCAUCUCUGCGUUGGCUGAAGGAUCGGCCUACAUCCCCUACCGAGACAGCAAAAUGACCCGUAUCCUUCAGGACUCGCUGGGUGGUAACUGUCGAACAACAAUUGUUAUCUGCUGCUCGCCUUCCUCUUACAACGAGGCCGAAACCAAAUCCACCCUGAUGUUUGGACAAAGAGCAAAGACCAUCAAGAACACGGUGACGGUGAACAUCGAGCUGACAGCAGAGCAGUGGAAGCAGAAAUACGAGCGAGAGAAGGAGAAGAACAAGACUCUGAGGAACACCGUCACCUGGCUGGAGAACGAACUGAAUCGCUGGAGAAACGGCGAGAGCGUGCCGGUGGAGGAGCAGUUCGACAAGGAGAAGGCCAAYGCCGAGGUGCUGGCCCUGGACAACAUCCUGAACGACAAGCCGGCCUCCACGCCCAACAUGCCCGGCGUUCGGCUGACGGACGUGGAGAAAGACAAGUGUGAGGCUGAGCUGGCCAAGCUUUACAAACAGCUGGAUGAUAAGGACGAUGAAAUCAACCAGCAGAGCCAGCUGGUGGAGAAGCUGAAGCAGCAGAUGCUCGACCAGGAGGAGCUCCUGGCUUCCUCCCGGCGGGACCACGAGAACCUCCAGGCCGAGCUGAACCGCCUUCAGGCAGAGAACGAGGCCUCCAAGGAGGAGGUGAAGGAGGUGCUGCAGGCCCUGGAGGAGCUGGCCGUCAACUACGACCAGAAGAGCCAGGAGGUGGAGGACAARACCAAGGAGUUCGAGUCCAUCAGUGAAGAGCUCAGCCAGAAAUCUUCCAUCCUAUCGUCUCUGGACUCGGAGCUCCAGAAGUUGAAGGAAAUGUCGAAUCACCAGAAGAAGAGGGUGACUGAGAUGAUGUCAUCGCUGCUCAAAGACUUGGCUGAGAUCGGUUUUGCGGUGGGCAGCAAUGAUAUUAAACAACACGAGGGCGGCAGCGGCCUGAUAGACGAGGAGUUCACGGUGGCGCGUCUCUACAUCAGCAAGCUGAAGUCGGAGGUGAAGACGAUGGUGAAGCGCUGCAAGCAGCUGGAGAGCAUCCAGUCAGAAAGCAACAAGAAGAUGGACGAGAACGAGAAAGAGCUGGCUGCCUGCCAGCUGCGCAUCUCGCAGCACGAGGCUAAGAUCAAGUCCCUGACGGAGUACCUUCAGAACGUGGAGCAGAAGAAGAGGCAGCUGGAGGAGAACGUGGACUCGCUCAAUGAGGAGCUGGUGAAGCUCAGUGCUCAGGAGAAAGUUCAUGCCAUGGAGAAAGAAAACGAGAUCCAAACUGCCAACGAAGUCAAGGAGGCGGUGGAGAAGCAGAUCCACUCCCACCGCGAGGCUCACCAGAAGCAGAUCAGCAGCCUGAGAGACGAGUUGGACAAUAAGGAGAAACUCAUCACGGAGCUGCAGGAUUUGAACCAGAAGAUCAUGCUAGAGCAGGAGAGGCUCAGAGUGGAGCACGAGAAGCUGCGAUCCACCGACCAGGAGAAGAGCCGCAAGCUGCAUGAGCUCACGGUGAUGCAGGACAGGAGGGAGCAGGCCAGACAGGACCUGAAGGGGCUGGAAGAGACAGUGGCCAAGGAGCUCCAGACUCUACACAACCUGAGGAAACUCUUUGUUCAGGACCUGGCCACCAGAGUGAAAAAGAGUGCUGAAAUGGAUUCAGACGACACAGGAGGCAGCGCCGCGCAGAAACAGAAAAUCUCCUUUCUUGAGAACAAUCUUGAGCAACUCACCAAGGUUCACAAACAGCUGGUUCGUGACAAUGCAGACCUUCGCUGUGAGCUUCCUAAACUGGAGAAGCGCCUUCGUGCUACGGCUGAGCGGGUCAAGGCGCUGGAAUCUGCACUGAAGGAAGCAAAGGAGAACGCCGCCCGCGACCGCAAGCGCUACCAGCAGGAGGUGGACCGCAUCAAAGAGGCCGUCAGGGCCAAGAACAUGGCCAGGAGGGGCCACUCGGCUCAGAUCGCCAAACCCAUCCGACCCGGACAGCAGCCCGUGGCGUCUCCCACCCACCCCAACGUCAACCGCAGCGGAGGGGGUUUCUACCAGAACAGCCAGACGGUGUCUAUCAGGGGAGGGGGCAGCAAGCCUGACAAGAACUGAAGAGCAGCGGCCAGACGAAUGACACCACAGAAGAAGCCGACRUCGCCCACCCAGACCACCUGUCAUUCCAUUACAGCAGCCAGGCUCCUCACCGCCGCCGCUGCCGCCGCCGCUCCGGAGCCAUGAAGGAGUUUCUGAAUAUAAAUAUAUAUGUGUAACUAUUCCCAGCCUGUACAGCUCCUACACCUCCACCCGCCCCGCCCCUCUUCUCAAUUAUCUCUUUAUCUACGGGAUAGAAUAAAUAAUCAAAAGAGCAGUUUUUAAUUCACAUUUAAAAAGGAAAAAAAAAACAGAAAAACUCUUAUUCACAGAACCAAACGCAGUCGCCUUUAGCGCUAUUCGAAUGUCCAGCUUCGGUUCGUUUUUUUUUUUUUUUUUUGCACAGUCUGUUGUCAUCUGUCGUCUUUGUGCGAGUAGCUCUUCACUGUGCCAAGCUGAAUGUAACGACAGCAAGAUCAGAAGAAACAAAUAUAUAAAUAAAUAUAUAUAUAAAUGAAAAUAAAGACCAAAAAACAAAACAAAACAAGAGAAGACACAAAAACUAGCUCGACACUAUAGGCUAACUUCUGUACAUUUCAUUAUUAUUAUUGGUUGUUAACCACGUUUUUCUCUGAAUAGGUUUUACAUGCUUCUUAAAGAAAAAAAACACAAAAAAAAGAAAAAAUCUGUAAGGUUUUGAAUUAAGUAGAAGGUGUCGAGCACUACUGUUCUGUCCAGUCUUGUUGUACAGAUGUAAGAUUGGCACAACUGCACACGGUUCUCCGAUAAGAGGAAAAAAAAAUAAUGCAGGAAAGGGCCUGAAGAGAAGGAUACAAAUAAAAGUAAAUAAAUAAAAUACUGUGUACUGUAGAUGUAUUUAACUAAAAACCUGUGGAGGUUUUUAUCUUUAAAGGUACUCACUGCAACGUUGUGAAAAUCAAAACACAAAAAUCUUUUUUUUCUCUCAAACAGCCACAGUGACUGACAACAGAUCAAACCUAACAGACGUUAUUAUUUUAUUAUUUUAUUGUUUUUAAUCUACACAGCCAGACUUAAGGUUUCACCAGGUUUGGCUUUGUUUACGUUGAGCGCAGACCCGCGUUUCAGAGUUUCAUUUUGAAAUGUCAAAUUUCACGUUUUGCAUUGAGUACCUUUUUUGAGUUGAAAGUCGUCGUCGGGAGCAGGAAGUGAAGAAUGUAGGAAGGAUGAAGAGGAGCGAUGAGAGCGAUCCGGCUAACGCGACAAACUUCCUUUUUUUUUAGCUCGCGGCUACGUUGCUAAAUGUUUUUACUUCUCUACGUGGUUUAAGAAUAAUGCUGUGUUUAAUAGAUGCUAUUUAUAUCUCUCUGCACAUGGCGAGCAACGCGGUCUGCAGGCGUUACGGCUGUCCUGUCCGGUCCUAGUCGAGCCGGGCUCCUGUCGCUCAUUUCACCCCGCAGAUCCAGAACCUGACCCGCCGGGUACCGUUUGAUCCCCUCCACGUCACCGUUUCUGCUCAAGGGUGCCUCGUUUCUUCUCGACUCCCUCCCCUCCCCUCUCUGUUCUUGUUGUUUGUUUUUUUUUUUCUGGGUUUUCUUUUGUAGAUGUUCUGUUUUCGGCUCUAUGGGUGGGGGUGUCGGACCCUYUUCUGCUUCUGAUCGACCAAUCAGAGAGAGCAGGGUCUAAAAUUGCACAUUAAUGUUCUGUUCUCAUGUGGAUGAAGGGUUUUAUCCACCUGAAUCUAACCAGGGGAUGUAAGAUUUAUUGUUCUGUUUAUUUUAUUUUAUUUUAUCUUUUGUUUUCCCCUCAACACAUCCAAGCCCCAGUUUAUGUGUGAGGGAGUGACCCCAGCAUGGAAACACUAACAUCGUGUGUAAAAGUGCAAUAUAUUGUAAAAUACACUGAAGACAAGUCACAUCUGCCACACCUCUCCUCUCCUCUCUGAGCUUUUUGUGUUUUUUUUAUUUCAUUAUUUUUUCUUAUUGAAGGCAUCUUUCUGAAAAGCAGAAACUACAUGUUCUCCCCCUCCUUCAUUUUGUUCAGUAGAAGCAGAAAAACAGGAUUAAAGGAGCCUCUAUCACACAAUGCAGUAUUUAGCUAACAGGACGGUCCAUUUCAAAAGCACUUCUUCUUCACGAUAUCUGCACUGUGGAAUAAAAAACACUCCAUACGUGGUUCUAGUUGAGGCCCUUUGGACAGAGCUCCCCCUGUGUCUCCGACAGGACAGCGUGUUUCUCUUUGUGUCAUUAUUUAAGACGUGAACCUCAAACAUUUAACCUUUGACCUUCCACCAAAAACUGGAUAUGAGAUGGAGGUAAAUUAAAAAAAAAAUAGUAAAUGGAUACUUAUGGUGUUUGCCUAAAUUAAAAACACAAAUUGUAGCCUUUUUUGUUUUUGUUUUUUAUUACUGUGUAAUAGUUGGUCAGUUUUUAAUGGACAGUUUUUGUGUGUUGUGGUGGGAGGGAGGGGGGAGGGGGUCCGUCAUUGGAAACGGUACUGGAUCAUUCCUGGAGAACUGGGGCACAAAGAGGGCUCUGAUGUGGACGGGAGAUUAAUGAGAUCACGGUUUUGGACUGACUGCAUGAUGUAAAUGUAUGUGUGAUUAAAUAAUUAUGAGAAACGUC